GGGGCUUGGGCGGACUUUGUAGGACACCCACCGGUGACCUGCUGGAGUUGGAGAUUUGACCCAGUUGCACCUGAAAACGCUUUCCUGGGAUAUAUUUUUAUUCUUUUUGUUCGCCCCAUUUUUCACCGGGAAGAAUUGCUUGCAUUUGUCUGAAGCUGUGACUUUCGAGAGGGCUCCCGCACGUCUGGGUCCGAUUUUGGCUGCUGAGUCAGGAAUGUUUGAUUAUGUCCAAAUGUGUGAAUCGCUGAGGAGAGAGUGCCUGAUCAGCCUCUAGGAGCUGUUUGAUUGCCUCAGUCUGGUGGUGUCUGGGUACCUGACAGCCAUGAACGCUGAUGAGAAGGUUCCUCCUGCCUCCCAAAGAACGUCACCUCUGACAAGAAGCAGCAGCAAUGCAUCUUCCAAACCUACUAGUGUGCACCAGAACUCUGAGAACUGGGAAGUAAUGGAGGAACCACUGGGAGAUAGCCAUGCUUCUCUGGAUCUCGAGAGGCAGGAAGGAUACUUGCUGAAGAAGAGGAAAUGGCCUUUGAAAGGCUGGCAUAAGCGAUACUUUAUCUUGGAAAAGGGAAUUCUCAAGUAUGCCAAAACUCAACAAGAUAUCUUGAGAGGAAAACUUCACGGUUCCAUCAACAUUGGCCUCUCUGUAAUGUCCAUUAACAAGAAAUCCAAGCGCAUUGACUUGGAUGCAGAAGAGAACCUUUAUCACCUGAAGGUGAAAUCUCAGGAAGUCUUCACCACUUGGGUAUCUAAGCUUUGCUAUCAUCGAUUGUUUCAGAAAGGAGACCACGUGAAAGUCCCGUAUGGAGCAAAUGGAUACAGUCUUCCCAUCUCUCCAACUACAACCAACGUGGCACAGAAGAGCGACUCCCUCAGAGAGUUUGAAGGCAAUGGUCACCUUCCUUCCGCAUCAGCGAGUGGACCGACUGUGACGGCAGAGUGGUUGCAGCACUCUGACGAAUGGGAUCACUGUGGUGAAGAUCUCAGCCAGUGUCAGUUGAACCUGUCGGAACUGAACAAACUCCUGCAGAAGUUGGAGGUGGUGGACAGGGUUCACUCGGCACCGGUCAUUUGUGAUGCUCAGGGUUUCCUUGCAGACAAAUCAAAGAAGGAAAAACGUUCCUCCAAAAUAUGGUGUACCCAAAGCUUGGCCAAGGAUGAGACUAAGGCCUCCUGUGAUGGCAUGCGUUCUGCAAAGCUACACGUUUCCACUCCCAGCCUGCCGGACUGCCUGGACAUGAAGAGUGCUUCUGCACCCCUCACUAUAAAGGAGGAGUAUUUGCAGCUACAGCAGGAUUUCUGUUCCAUAUCACAGAAAGUCUUCUUGAAUUUGAAGUCUCUCUUCAACACGCUGGCAAUAGAGAAGGAAAGGCUCAAACAGAUGUGGGUUGAGAAAGAACAGGAUUCCAGUGCACCAACGGUCCAGACUGCAAAUCUGAAGAAUGCCUUGUCUGAGGUAAUGUCCCAGAAUGCUGAUCUCCGGAACCGUCUGCACCGAAUCCAGUGUCUCGCCAGCUUUGCCGAUAUUGUGACUAAUCCAUCGACUCCUGUCAAAGUCGAGGAGCAUCUUCAGACAACACACAACGUAUCACUGACCAACCAGUUAUCCUUGGAGAGCAACAUCUCACUGUCAGAGUCACACGUUGAGUACUUCGAUGCUGAAGAUGUGUUGUUGUCUGCCUGCUCUUCCUACAAUGAGAUGUCAGACGACGAUGACUCCACAACCAGUGAAAUCACCAACAGCAACUCUGAGGAGAAUCUGGACCAUGUGGAUACAGCAAUGCAGGAGCUGACAGUUGAGGAGGUUCCAAGUUGCGCUUCUGUUAACACUGUUCAAAGGAGGACAUCCCUCCCUGCUCCUGGCCCAAAUCUGGGCAAUGUCAGCCUUUGGAACAUCCUGAAGAACAAUAUUGGAAAAGACCUGUCGAAGGUCUCCAUGCCGGUCCAGCUGAACGAGCCACUAAACACGCUGCAGCGACUCUGCGAGGAGUUGGAGUUCACAGAGUUGCUAGACACGGCGAGCAGGACUGCCAAUCCAUUUGAACGCAUGGUUUACAUUGCUGCCUUUGCUGUGUCGGGCUAUGCCUCCACUUAUUACAGAGCACGGUGCAAGCCAUUUAACCCCGUUCUUGGCGAGACAUAUGAAUGUAUACGGGAAGACCAGGGCUUUCGGUUUAUUGGAGAGCAGGUCAGUCAUCAUCCACCAGUCUCGGUCUGCCAUGCUGAAUCGGAAAACUUCGUCUUCUGGCAAGAUGUGAGGUGGAAGAACAAGUUCUGGGGCAAGUCCCUCGAGAUAGUCCCCGUCGGGGUGGUAAACGUGAGUUUACCAACGUUUGGCGAUCACUACCAGUGGAACAAAGUGACUUCCUGUAUCCACAACAUCCUGAGCGGCCAGCGAUGGAUCGAACACUACGGUGAGGUGGUGAUCACCAACACCGAGAGCAGUGUCUGCCACUGCAGGCUAACCUUCUUGAAGACCAAGUACUGGAGUUCAAAUGUAAAUGAGGUGCAAGGCUCGGUGCUGGAUCAGAAUGGGAGGAUUGUCCAUCAGCUGUCUGGCAAAUGGCACGAGGGAGUUUACUGUGGUGGCCCACAAACUGCUAAAUGCAUUUGGAAACCAAAAACCAUUCCUAGUGACCAUGAAAGUUAUUACGGCUUCACCACAUUCGCUCGGGAACUCAACGAGCUGACCCUUGACCUUAAACAUGUCCUGCCCUUGACUGACACACGACUGAGGCCAGACCAAAGAUAUCUUGAGGAGGGUAAUGUGGACGCAGCAGAGGUUCAUAAGCAAAGAAUUGAACAGUUGCAGAGGGAGAGGAGGAGGAUCAUGGAAGAAAACAACAUGGUGUACCAGUCUCGUUUUUUUACAAAAAACAUUGAUGCCAGUGGAAAAGAGUCAUGGAUAAGCAACGGUACUUACUGGGAGUUGAGGAAAGACCCUGGAUUCUCAAAGGUGGACAACCCAGUGCUGUGGUGAGGGCCCAGUUGUGCGUUGGGCCAUGUGGAAAGUCUUUACACCUCCCUUAUCCCACUUAAGGUCCCACCACCUCCUGUUCCCUUCCCCCUCGCCACACCAACCCUGCUUCUCAGGUUUACCUCCUAGCAGGUGCCUUAAAUUUUAUACGAGAAGAGCACACUUGUGUCCAAAGCACAGUGUAUGUGCUGCUGAUUGUUCCUCCCUACUCUAGCGCAAGGGAGUAAGGGUGUGGGUUUCUGGCUAACUCAAAAGUGCAUUAUUUGGAAAUACACUAAGGUUGUUACACCUUCCAUAUCACCUGACAUAAAUGUAAUGUCUCCACAUCUGUUGUUCAUGGACAUCUUUGUUUGAAAGUUUCAUAGAUUAUAAGAAUAUUUUAUCAGUUUGUUUUAUGAAGAAUUUUAGUUUUCAAAGAAAGUCUAAGCUUUAUUUUAAAAGAAAAUAGUGUAUAUUUAUUGGGAGGUGAUUUUUUUCCUCAUCUUUUGAGUCACUUCACUGCUACUGAUGGUCUGACUGCUAACACAGUGGGAUUUUGUGAUUAUAAUUUGUAAUUGGCAUCCACACAGGGUAAAGAUUCCCUUUGAUACAGAGGUACUCUGAGAUAUAGAUCUCAUGAGCAAUGGUGGUCUGCAGUGAGAAGGAAUUCCUCGAGCAAUUUCCUCCCUCUCUGCUAAUUUCUUGGAACUGAUAAACCAGUUGUACGUUUGGAAUGGUUUGGAAAUCUCCAUUUUGGACAUGCCCCCUGCAGUGGACCAAUGAUGCAAUGCAGGAUUGAAACAAUGUCUAGCAGAUGUUAAAAAAGAUGCAUUCAAUCUUUUAUGUUACAGCACUGUAUGCAAUCACUUUUCAAUCAAAGAUUAUGUGUUUGUAUAGACUGAGAUAAUGCCUCACUAGAGAUGUUUCAACAGUGGUGGCAUUUCAUCCUCCAGGUUCUAUGUAUUUGCAGGUUCUCAGCAUGUUUUGAGGGGGAGCCCUUGUAUUCCUGUGAUUAAAAUGGCACUUGCCAUUUGCAAAGAUUGUUUUCAGUCUCAAGAAAACAACUGGAAAAUUCUUCAAGAAAGAUUUUUUUUUAAAAGCUCUAGGAAGAUACAGGAGUCUCUUAAAUGCCAUCUCACUAGCAAGUUGUAUUUUCUUUUCCUUGACUAGUGAGACGUCUUGGAGCUCAUUAUUAAGUUGUGGCUAACAAGACACAGCAUGUAUUGGCAAUCGAGCAGCAGUCACAGGGGCCCAUUAGAGGAGUUUAUAGAGCCAGGUGUUCAGUGGGUAUAAAUGGUCAAGAGCCAUUGGGUGUUAGCUUGAGGUGUCAAGUACUGUCAGGAUGCCCUGACUGAGCGUGGAAUGACAGUUAUUUACAUUUGUAACUUUUCAUUGCUAAAGUUUGUAGGAUGAACUGGCAAGUUUAUCACAGAGCCUGAGAUGCAUUUUGCAAUAGUAUACAUGCGUCUGUGGGUGCUGCACCACAGCAGCUGAGGGAAGUGGAACUGUGAUUAAAGUGAACCCAGUGAUGUCACUUUUUCUUGUUCCAGUGUGAGUUCUGGCAUUACUCAGCUGGAACUCUGCUGUUGUUAGUCCUGGUGUGCAGACUGCACUCGUGAAAAGCGGUCAUGCUGAACUCCAUGGGAGAGCUGACCUGUAGUCUGUUAAGGUUGAUUUAUACUUGGGUGUCAACUCGACGCCGUAGGUACGGCGUCGCCGCAAACCCUACGCGGAUCCCUACGCCAUAGCCUGACGCACACCUCUCCCAAAAUGUAGCUACGUGUCACAGCAACGCAGACCGCAACAACUGUGAUUGGUCUGUUUGGUAGCAUCACAUUUCCUCCUACGCUGCAAUAGCUUCCCGUUGGGCGACUGAAGGGCAGGGAAGGAACUCUGGCUGCAAUGCUUUCCAUAAAGCUUUACAGACCUCCGAAAUUAUGGAGGACACAUUUCGCUUUUACGAAAAAAGAUACUUGUGUUAAACUUGUUUACCCCGAGAAAGACUACUAUGACCAUGAAGCCUUGCGCGGGCAGGUGUGUGCACAUGCGCGACAUGCCCGAAUUGCAGAGCGACGCAGACACACCAACGCACAAGUAUAAAUGCUCACAGCGCGCAUAGGUCACGGCGUUGAGUUGACACACAAGUAUAAAUCAGCCUUAAGAAGUACUGGAGUGUCCUCAGCUCCCAGAACCGUAACAUUGGCAGCACUCAUCUGCUCUUGGUUGAACGACAUUGGGCUUGUGAAAAAGUUGCUGAGCAUUGCAACUCUCUCUGAUUUAACAGUGCUAGUAAUGCAUUGGAAUCACACUGGGAGCAAGCAUAUGCUUUUCAUCGUGCUUAUGGAGUGUUGACCACAAGAUUACAAUUCCCAUCUACAUUGCUGAGUAGCUGUAAGUCUUAGCUCUGUUUGAUCCAGUGAGGCAGUAACCAGAAUGGUUCGGGCUUGGGUUUGAUCACCAGUCUUUGCUGUCUUAGCUGACGUCUGCUGUGGAAGAGGUGAGAUAAGGGUUGGUUGUUGGACCUUGGAAUUGGUUCCACAAGUUGUAAAUGGAGGGAAUGGAUAACCAAUCCAUUGGCCUUUUCUUGCCUACUUACACAUCAGAUGUAAGAGGGCUCCACUUCAUCACAAGUUUUCCUCGUCCAUGUUGGCCAAGGUGCAAGGUAGUUUUAGCAAGAGGCUGGAUAUUAGCAAUACCUUUGAAAUUCUCUGCACUGAACCAUUGAUUAUACAUCUCAUGUUACCAUUUACAGUCAGAUACUAAAACCUAAUGGAUCAUUUUUCUUGGAAGCCAUUGCUCAUGUUUACCAUCACGCAGAGCUGCAGGAAGUUUGAGAUGUACAGUUUUAUAAUGGGAGCAACUAGGGGGAAUUGCAAGGUACUACAAUUGCUUUAAAUAUUUCUUGGCUUGGGUGAAGUAGUGGGGAUAGUUGGUGGUGGGAUCACACUAAUUUUGUUCAGCAUUUCAUAAUGGUCAACGUUAUGCAAGGACUGGCUGUAGAUUCCACUGUGGCUCCUGAUAUUCACUGACUUGGCCUCCUGUGUGAAGAAUAUAGAUUAUAAAUCCUUUCAUUGCUUUGAGAUUCUUGCCCCUUAGUGAAUAAGCACAACUAUGAGUAGUUUGGCCGGGAGAGAUAUCUGCAAAUCACUGUUUUAAAUUGCUGUGAAUAAGUCAAAAUAUCUCUAAACUUAAAAGGAGACCUGUUAUAUGGUUAGUUAGUGCUCACCAUCAAACCAGUGGGUUGUAAAGAUGAAUAAAGGAAAUUAAUUUACUGCACAUUUGCAGCACUUUUAAUCAGGAGCUGAAUUAAGACUCCUCCUCGGCUGAGAUACUGAGGCACUGAUUGAGAGCCUUGGAACGAAGAUGUAUGAAGGUACAGAAGGAAAAUUGUUUUAAAGUAAUAACCAUUCCGAGGGCUUGGAGCUUCCUUCUCGUUCUGGUGAAGGCUCCUUGUGUACACUGUUAGUGUGCAGCCUGAAAACCUUGGAUAAUGCAUUUGGAACCGUUUUAAAUAAAGUGUGGAUGUCGGUCACCAUUAUCAUUUGAUGGCUUUAUUGCUGCCUGAUCUCCUCCACCCCUACCCAAACCCAGAGUUUGUAUAAAGCUGGUAUUUGUACCUCCCUGAAGAGUUGUCUGCAGGCAGACAACAAACAGGGUCAGACCUCAUGACCUCUCACUUCGAUGUACUUUAACAAAGUGUUAGUUGAUCACUCAUUCUCAGCAUAGUAUCUCUGUUCAUUUGCUUCUGUAACAUUUUGAGACUCUGGUCAUUCGAGUUGGAGCAAGAUUUGUUUUAAAAUGGUCAAAAUCAAAUCUGUACAAUAUGGAUCCUAAGACACAUGAUAUCCAAAAUGAAUGCCGUGGACCACAAUGUUGAGGUAGGUUGAGAAAAAGCAGUAAAGUGCAAAAAUAUUCACCUUUUAAUGCAGCCUACCAAGAUUGAACUAAUUGAAAUUGUUCAGAUGGCUUUGAAUGAAGAAAAUCCACUUGGCUUCAUCCUGCUCGGAGUACCAAGUUAAUCAUCUUCAUGGCACAGUUGGGUCUGGACUCUCCCCAUCCAACAGUCUCUGUCCAGUCAUGGAAGUAUUUCUAUCCCUUGUUCAAAUGCUGCUGUGGGAAAUUUUAAGGUACUGACUUGGGUUUGCUUUCACUUUUUUAAAAAAGAAAGAAAGCUAGCAUGGGAUGAAGAUUGUUUGGAAAUAAUGCAAAGCCCUUGUCAAGUUGGCAGAAUGUUUUUAUCCCCAAGUUGCCUAAUUUUUCCCCCAACCCUUCUCCCACCAUUUCACUUCACAACAUCUGCAGUUGUGUAAUGCUGUCAAUUGGCCUUGUGUACCUCUGGGGGAGAAAUGUUACAUUUACUGCACUCUGCAUUAUUCCAUGAUGCUUGCAAAACAAUGACCUUUUUGAAAGUUCCACUCAACAUUGGCUCAGUUAGAGCUUAGACCCAUUCACAUCUUUAAAUCAUGACUAGGACAUAACUCAAAAUGAAGCAUGACAUGAUACCAUAAGAGAAAAAAUGCACUUUGAGCUUCUCUUAAUAUCUUAGUCAAAAUUAAAUAUUUAUUUUCAACUACAACAGUUGUGAUUGGAGAUUUCACUUUUAUACAUUGUUGAUAUUAUCUGAUGACUCAGUUAGUAAUGUAUUGGUGCCUGUAAUCAUCUCCAAGCAAAUCUUGUGCGUUGGUCAAUGGGGAGGUGGACAUUGAGCUGUCUUUCAUAUGGGAAUAUAAAGUUGCACAUUAAGCAGAUUUAACUUUUGGACACUUUUCCAUGCUGUGAGAGAAGUGGAGAGGUCAUGUCUGUGAAGGGCAAUUGGUCAUUGACCAUUGUUUCCAUGCCUUGCUCACUCAAGUUGUUGCAAAAUGUUGGUUCUUUGCAGAAUGUAAAAGCCAAUUUGCUGGUAUCCCACCACUAACUUCGGAAAAGUUUUGCUCUAUGCCAAAAUUGCUGUUACUUUGGAAAAGCAAAUGCCUGAAUACAAACCUCUCUGAAGUACCUUCCUGACCCUCGUUUCCACACACUAUCUCAUCCCUGUAGGAAUGUGAGGUCAAAUUCCAGAAUGUCCCUUGGAGUUUAUACCCUUCAGUGAUGUUGCACUGUUAAAAGGGCAUUUUGUAAGGCAGGGAUGGAACCAAUAUAGUGCGAUCUUUAUACAGUACUUGUAAUAGACCAGCUAUUGUACCUUUUGAUUGUGAGUGAGAAUUGCUGAAAAUUUUGUUUGUAUCCUCCAAUAUCACUGAGAACAACCAAUGUUACUUUGCUGCUAGAUUCUGCCACCAUAGUUACAAAGAGUAAAUUUCAGCAGAUUUUCCCCAGUAGGGUUAUGGAAUUGGGAAGUGGAACUAGACUGGCAAUACCCCUGAUUAUAGCAUUCCUCAUUUUCUGUUAACACACAUCAAAGUUGCUGGUGAACGCAGCAGACCUGGCAGCAUCUCUAGGAAGAGGUACAGUCGACGUUUUGGGCCGAGACCCUUCGUUCACCAGUAACUUUGUGUGUUGCUUGAAUUUCCAGCAUCUGCAGAAUUCCUCGUGUUCUCAUUUUCUGUUGAUUAGUUUUGCUCUAUGACCACCUCUCCAUUUUUUCCCAAAUGUUUGUUAUUUUAUUUAAAUAGUGAAGAAAUGAGAAAAUCCUAUUGGUCCCACCAAGCCUCAUUUUACUGUGGACUGAAUGCCAAUUUCUCCCAAUUUUGCCACCACUUCCCCCCUAGUGAAACCAGAUUCAUGAAAUAUUCAUCAGUGACCUAUGAAGAACAAGUAGAACACCCCUAAUAUUUUUCCCACCUUAAAAUGCCCAGCCUCCUUUGCACUUGAUGACAGCACAUUUUCUGUCAAUAGUUAAUGAGAGGCACCUCUGGUUCCUACACUUGUGGGUUAGAGCUCAGCUGAAAUUUGAGUAUUUCAGCCAAACGUCAGUACAUUUAUUUCUCCAUCCACUCCAUGGCAAUGUGUUUAUCCUACCACUGUGUCAUUGUGAUUAGCUAGUCAGGCACUCUUUUUCACACAGCAACACAAGUAGUCUGCACUGGCAUCAAAGUGAAAAUCCAGUACCCACUUUAGACUUGUGUGGCGAGUCCAUUAGCCACAGGAUUGGUUCUGGCCACCGAGAUUGAGCAAAACUAGACUGAGCAAGGUGUGGAGGUAACUUAUAGGAGUCAUUUUAAAAGUUACAGAGUCUGAAAAUGAUGGAAAAAAAUGUCAUCUUGUCUAAAUUAAACAUUUUAGAAAUCUUUUUCUAUUGAUUAGGAAACAUAAUUAAAGCAAUAUUCAAAUAGAUCGUGUCAUCAGGACUUCUGUAUUAGUGACACAAAUGAAAUCUCCAUUCGAGCACAGUGAUAAGGUGUUCAAUGCCUUGUACUUGGCAUGUUUAAAUGUUUAUUAAAAUAUAAUUG